AUGGAUGAUUUUUCGGUUUAUGGGUCCUCUUUUGACACGUGUUUGACUAAUUUGGAGCUGGUUUUGAGGAGGUGUGAAGAGUCACAUUUGGUGCUUAAUUGGGAAAAGUGCCACUCUAUGGUAAAUGAAGGAAUUGUAUUGGGGCACAAGAUUUCUAAGAAAGGCAUUGAAGUGGAUAGGGCAAAAAUUUCAACGAUAGAGAAUUUUCCACCACUGGUUUUAGUAAAAGGAGUACGGAGUUUCUUAGGUCAUGCGGGAUUUUAUAGGAGGUUUAUCAAAGAUUUCUCCAAAGUUUUGAAGCCAUUGUCCACUUUGUCAAUAAAUGGGGUUACAUUUUAUUUUGAUGAGAAGUGUCAACAAGCUUUUAGGAUACUUAAGGAGAAAUUGAUCUCAGCACCUAUAGUUGUUGCGCCUCAAUGGGAUUUGCCAUUUGAACUGAUGUGUGACGCCAGUGAUUUUGCGGUUGGGGCAGUGCUGGGACAAAGAGUUGACAAGGUGGUUGUUUACACAAACCAUUCAGUGAUAAAGUAUCUUAUGACCAAGAAAGAUUGCAAACCUCGUCUUAUUCAGUGGAUUUUGUUGUUACAAGAAUUUGAUGUGGAAAUUAAGGAUAAGAAAGGUACUGAGAAUUUGGUGGCUGAUCAUUUGUCUAGAUUGGAGGUUGGUGAAGAUUCUCUUGAUAAAGCAGUUCAGAUUAAUGAUGCUUUUCAUGAUGAGCAGCUGUUCAAAGUAAGUGUUUGCAAGGAUGUUCCAUGGUUUGUAGACUAUGUUAAUUAUUUGGCUGCUAAGGUUAUACCUCCUGAGAUGACAAGGCAACAACUAAAGAAAUUCUAUUCGGAGGUGAAGCAUUAUUAUUGGGAGGAGCUUAUUCUGUAUAAACAUUGCCCUGAUCAAGUUAUUAGGAGAUGUGUGCCUGAAGAGGAGAUGUUGUCAAUCUUAACUCACUGUCAUAGUUUGCAUUGCAGAGGUCAUUUUGGCGGAACAAGAACAGCUGCGAAGGUUUUGCAAAGUGGGUUUUACUGGCCUACAUUAUUUAAAGAUGCUAAUGAUUUUGUCAAAAGUUGUGAUCAUUGUCAACGGACUGGGAAUAUAUCAAGAAGAGAUCAAAAGCCGAUGAUUGGUAUUUUGGAAGUUGAGUUAUUUGACUGGUUCACUGAUCUUUGUGCUCGCUAUGGUGUUCAUCAUCGAAAGGUGUUAUUCUAUCAUCCAAUUGCAAAUGGCCAAGCUGAAGUGUCGAAUAGGGAAUUAAAAGGUAUUUUGGAAAAGACAGUAAAUACUUCGAGGAAGGAUUGGUCGAAGAAGCUCGAUGAUUCACUGUGGGCGUAUCGCACUGCAUUCAAAACUCCAAUUGCUUAUGAGAAUGCGAGAAUCUAUAAGGAGAAGUCGAAGGCCUUUCAUGAUAAGCGAAUAUUGAGGAGGGAUUUUCAACCAGGAGAUAAAGUCCUGCUAUUUAAUUCCAGACUUAAACUUUUUCCUGGUAAAUUGAAGUCGCGAUGGUCAGGACCGUACACGGUAGUUGUGUCACUUCCUUAUGGAGCAGUGCAAGUUCAUACUAAAAAGACGGGACAUUUUAAGGUGAAUGGUCAGAGGUUGAAGCAUUACUUGGAGGGUCCGGUGGAAAAAUGCAAGUCUGCAGUGAUGUUGGAACCAAUUUGA